AUGGCUGCUGCUGGAGCGUCGCCGUCCAGCUCGCCGCGCUUACCUAGUCCUCCCCCGUUCACGGAGGUACAGAUUGGGCCCAAGUCACCAUCGGUCGGCGAUUCGUUUGGGAAAGAGACGCAAGAAUUCCUGGCAGCUUCAAAGAGCAACGAUGAUGCUUCUUCUCGAAGGAUCCGACCGGGAACUAAAGCGGCUGAUAUGGCUGUCGGUCCUCCAUUGAUUCCUCUGUCGCAGCUCGACUCCCCUUUCCAGCUCCAAGAACACCUGAAAGCGCUCUACAACCACUUCACACGACCGGAGGGAUCUGAGACCGUCGUGCCUAUCAAUCGAGAUGUUGCGAUACAGCUUGCGGAACCGCCCGAGGGGGUGGACAGGUCCCUCUGGCUCUACGAACUCUGUCGUUUCCUCACCAUGAAAGUGAAUAACCUGAUCGUUGCUUUCUUCGCCGAAGACCCACCCUGCUCCGCCCAAACGUGUCCUGAGAUGCGUGCAUCCGAGUGGCAGUAUCUUUGCGCCGUCCAUGACCCCCCGAAAUCCUGCUGCGCGAUCGACUACUGCUGCCAUACGCUCGACUGGGCAACCAACAUCCUCACAUCUCCAAAGCAUUUUCCAAGUCGUCUUACGUUGGGCUCCGAGGCGGGCGGUGGGCCGCAGGCGAGUCUGAGGUACCUGACCAACAUAUUCCGUCGAUUGUACCGCAUCUUCGCCCAUGCCUGGUUUCAGCACCGGGAUGUGUUCUGGCAGGUUGAGGGUAAUGAUGGGCUGUACAUAUUUUUCAAGACGGUGUGCGAUAUGUACAAGCUUAUUCCUGAAGACAAUUACACGGUGCCCGCUGAAGCGGAGGGACUCGAUGCCAAUCAGUCAAUGCAGGAGCAGGCGGACAACCAUCCGAUGACGAUCCUACGAAAGGACAGCGAGGGCCCGCUGGAGAACGUCGAGCCUUCGUCCAUUAGCACCGGUGCAACCACCCGGCGCCACAAGAAUAGCGCGUCCAUCAGUUCUCGCGUUACGACGAUCAGUGAGGGUGCCGAGGAAUCAGAAGAGCAACAGAAGGCGGAGCCUGUGAUGGAGUCAAAGGAUGAACAACCUACGGAGGCCGUACCCGAACUUGAAGCUGAAACACAGCCUGCCGAAGAGGUUGCAAGUGAGGAGCAAAAGGGAGCCGCCGAUCCUUCCGCGCAAGACCCGGCUGAGUCGCAGGUUACUGUUGAAGAGGUGCACGAGGACGAAGAGGAAAAACCCUCAGAUACGAAUACAGAAGCAACAGCAAAGGAUGAUCCGGAAGCUGUCCAGCCACCUGAGGAGCCGGAAGCACCCAAGGCCGAGGAGUCGCCAGCAGACAUAACACAACCCGAUACAGAGGAGAGCACAGAAGCAAGGGAGGAGGAAAAGCCCUCGCCUGUAGAGGAAACAUCCACUGAGAAGACCCAGCAAGAGCCUGAACCGACGACAACCGAGCAGGAGCCCGAAUCAACGACAGAGUCAGCCAAGGACACUUGA